AACUCAGGACCUCAUGCUUGCCAGGCAGGCACGGUGCCACUGAGCGACAUCUCUGGCAACAUCACCAUCUCUGUGGCUCACCAGCUGCCAGCACGAGUGGACCCUCUGUAAGGGGAGUCAUUAGUUUGCCUUGCAUAGAAGUCCUUGUUCGGGACUUAUCUGACCCUCCUGAGCCAGGGAGAGAGCCUCCAACUCUGUUUAGUCCAACCUACACUCAUGGAAGUGAAACUUGCCCUGUUUUAGGAGCAAUGUAGGGGAAGAUCACAAAUUCCAAGUAUGCUUCCCUGUGUUUGGCUCAGGAUUUUUGCGCUUGCUGUUUCCUCUGCUCAGAUUUGCACACGAAUACCUCAUUUUCAUCUAGGGCUCAGUUUACACAUCAGCACCUUAAAAGAACUUUUCUUGAUGGACUACAUCCUUCUAUAGUCUAUUUUUUACCCUUAUUAUGUCCUAUUAUUUUAUCCUAUUAUCUUUAUGGCAGUUAUCACUAUAAAAAUUCUUAGAUCCCUUUUUACAUUAACUCAUGGAGAUUACAUUCUAGUGGAGUGAGAGAGAUGCAGGAAAACAAAGCAAUGUAAGAAAGCUGUAAGUAAGGGGAUACUCAAAUAGAGACCUGAAGGAAAUGAAGGAAUAAUCUGUAUGGAUAUUUUGGGAAAAAGCCUUCCAGUUAAGGUGAACAGCAAAUGCAAAGGCCCCAGUGCAGGAACAUUUGCUUACCUUGCUUAGGGUACAGAAAAGUGGUUAUUGUAUCUGGAUGAAUGAGGGGAAGUAAGACUAAGGAGGUGUGAGGGAGUUGGCUAGAUUGCUUAGGACUGUGAUUUUUAAUCUGUGUGAGACUGGAAGUCAUUGUAGGUUUUGACCAGAUGAGUAACAUGUACUCCUCUUAAAAGUAUCAUCUUCUUCUCUGCUAGUGGAAUUUAGGGUAUGUGGAGCAAAGAUGGAAACUUCCAAAAGUGUCUAAUUUGUCCCUGUUCACCUAGGACUUUUCUUGCUUUAAAAACUAUUUUUUCCUUCAAAAAUUAAAUCUAAAAAGAUGACACCAGUGAAAUAAUACAGAAUUCAUACUAUCAACCUCUAUCUUAUCCUCUUACCACUACCUGGCUAAGUUUACAUACUUUACAUAAUAAACACUUUGAAUGUUGAAACCAAGAAAGUCCUCUCUUAUUGAGCCAGGACUUUCUUGGUCUUAGCAUUGAAGACUCUAUGUCCUGAGUGCAGAGGACUGUAAUAUUGUGUCCAAAGCAGGCUGUAAAGAGUUAACCCCACAAUUGGCUUGUUUUGAGAAGUGAGUCUGGCCAAAGCCUACGUGCCAAGGUCAGAGUAACGCGCACCCAAAUUCUGUUCCCACAACUAAAACCUUCUGACUAAAAGGACAGUGUUUAAUUACAACCAUGUAUUUUGUCUAUUUUGUUCCUAAUUCGAGAAUGCUUUGUUUUGUCCGUUAUGAGCCUUGUUUACAUUAAUUUCUAUAGAAACUGCACUUAGCUUGCCUUAACCCCAAUUGAUUGCCAAUAAAAGUCAGUGCCUUUGUCAUUUGCACUGGCAUUGGUCAUCCUGGCACCCCUCUUUCUCUCAGUUCUGUCUCUUAGUGUAUUUUUUUUUCCUCAGGCCUGUAUUGUAUACUGGGUACUGGAACCUAAGUGCAGGGGUCUUUGGUACUGAGAACCCUCUCAAGUUGUGGCCAGAGGGACUAAAGUUAUAGUGAUGGAAAAGUGGUCAGAUUUUGGAUAUAUUUUAAAAGUUUCAAAAAUUUUUUUUUUUUUUUUUGUGCCAGGGAUCAAACUCGGGACCUGGCGCUUGCAAGGCAGGCGCCAAAAAGUUUCAAAAUUUUGCUGAAUGAGUAUAUGAUAGAAUGAAAGGAGUCAAGGAUGACAUGCAGGUUUUUGACCUGAACAACUGGAAGGACAGAGUUGCUAUUUAGAGAACAGGAAGGGUGCAGGUAGACUAGAUUUUGGAGAAGGGAUGAUAGGAGUUUGUUUUGGACACAUUAGUUUGUGAUAAUAGACUGGCAAGCAGGUAUGUCAACGAGACUGUUGGGUAAAUGAGACUCUUGAGGUGUGUUCCAGCUGGAGAUAUAACAUGAUAUUUAAAGUCAUAAGUGUGGAUGAGAUCACUGAGGAGUUAAUGUAGAUAGAAUGCUAAGGACAGCCCUGGGGCAUGCCAACAUUUAGAGAUCAGGCAAAAGAAGAGAAACCAGUAAAGAAGACUGAAAAGCAGGGGCCAGUGAUGUAGGAGAGGCAAGGGAAAUGGACCCUGGGGAAAACUCUGUGCUAAAUACUGUCCCAAGUUUCACACUCAGGAACUACAAAGACAGGAGUAAUUAAAUGGUGCCAAGAAGUCAAACUAAAACCUGUGGAGAGACAAUUCUGUGGUGGACCAGUCUCUGGCAGAAGUAAUGGACAUAUACCAUGCCCACAAAAUGCCACUGGAUGGAAUACCAUUCUUCCAUUAACUCAGGACCAUUUCACAAGCACCAGCCCUGGAAUGGAAUGCUCAAUGCUCAGAACCUGGUAACUUCUCCUUUAGGGAACAAUGGGCCCUGAGUGUUCUGAAGACUCCCAUUGGUAGAGAGAUGAGUGGGUGAGUUCCCAAUUCCAACAGCCACAGGCCAGGAACCAAGGCUAAACCGUAUGAAUUCCCAACAGCAUGUGAGCAUCUCUGACAUGUGGGUGUCACUGUAUUUUGGAUUCCUGGGGCUGUGUUCUGUGGUCAUGGGCAGCUGCAUUAUCUUUCUGCACUGGAAGAAGAAUGUGUGGCGGGAAGCGCGUGCCCAGCAGUGGGUUGAGUUGAUGAGAGCCACCAGGUUCACCUACAGCCCACUGUUGUACUGGAUCAACAAGCGUCGGAACCAUGGGAUGAAUGCAGCCAUCAAUACGGGCCCACUCCCUGCUGUUGCCAAGCCUGAGACUGUCCAGAACCUAGAGCCUUCAUGCAAGUUGGAUAUCCCUGAAGGCAGGAACUAACCUGUCCCCAGCAGCUCCAAGAUGGAGGCCCCUGAUCCUCCACAAACCACUCUGGUAGCACCACAGCAGCCCAUAUCUUCCCUGAUGCUGCAGCCCCAGCCCAGCUCCCCACUCCCAAUCCUCAUCUUUCAAGAGGCACCUUAUGCACUAACACUCUGCAGCCUGCCUCCCAUCCUGAGCCACUGUGUCUCCUACCCUCUGGCCAAGCAUUCUGAGAGGAAUGUCCACUUCCAUUCCCUCCCCACACUGGCCCACGGGGCAAAGACCUUCAAUGACAGACCUUUUACUACAGAAGUCUAGCCUCCUCUUAACUGAGGGUGGGAGCUUUAGCUACCAGGGGCAGAAUAGAAAAUGGAGCUAACUUCAGGGAGGUGGUGUUGAUACAGAGGCCAGAGCCCAUCUGGAUGUCACAUUUUGAAGAUUAAAUAAAAAGUUUAACCAAGAGAUUAUGUAAAGGUGGAAAUUUCCAAUGAUGGAUGUCAUUAUAUUUUAUACCUAAAAUGUACCAAUAAAAUUUUUUUUUUUU